AUGGCGCCACCCAAUACGGACAAGUUGCAGAGCCUGAUCAAUCACAUUUUCCUGCCUCCCAAGCUACCUCAGGACGCUGAAUACGACGAUGAGAAUGUGGAUCUUGCGCUACUCGACACCACGCUUCAGGCUCUGCACUCACUGCAAGCUCUGCUGCCGCUCGGCACUAUCGACAAUGCUGUCGCUCUGAUCUCCAGUCUCAAGGUAGUAAAUAGCUUACCGGGUGCUAACAUUGAUGCGAACCGCCUCAAGGAGACUCUCGCCACGAUCCCCGUUGGAAAGACACUCGCUAUCAAGAUUAGCGCGCAAAAUGCCGCAGUCUUGAUUACUCGCUCCGCUGAGACACUGCUUUUCGAGGAGUUCGAGCUGUCGCCGCUGAAUCAAGGCGUAUGCGGCACCAAAGGUCGACUUCGGCGCAACUUUCCAGGCCUCGCUGUCACUUUGAGCGCGGAUCUGUUGAACCAGUCAGACUUCACCGAAAACGUGGCGACCACACUUUCAACCAUGUGUCACCAGCAAGUGCCUGGCAUGCAACCGAUAUCGAAAAAGACUGGCAGUGAACACGACGAAGAGCGCGAUACCACUAACCCAGCUAUCGUGUCUGAACUGUUCUUCGGGUUCUUACGCGGACUCGAAUUACCCACAACAACUACAGUUUCCUCCAUUUCCAAGAACAUGCGCGAGGAGGUACUCUGGCGGGACGCCAAGGCACCAUGGCGCCGAUUGCCAAUGUGGACAUUGAUCCGAGUCGCUCUCCAGCUUGUUCUGUCCCGCUCUUCUGAUGGCAACCCUCAAGUCUACAAAGAAACAAUGCUGUAUAUCAUGAGUCACGUCCUCCACUCGGCUCGCGACAGCUCAAGUGACAUGCUGUUCGUUAUGACUGCCAAGAUGCAACGUCGGAUACAGAAGCUUUCGGCGCCAGAGCAGAAGUUCCCCAUCUGCGUGAUGGCAAGCGUCCGAAAAGUUCUUCAAGAAACUUCCGAGACACUCGCAGCACGCUGGUCCAAGAUACAACAGCGCGAUGCUCGAGAUAUGCAACUCCCUUUUCUUGCUUCUCUGGACUUUGAGAAGGACACUCUAUUGUCGCUUCCGGCCCUGGACAAACACAUCGAGGCUAUCGUAUCUCGACAGCGUGUAAGUGAAAGUGAGUGUCUCACCCCGUCGUCGGAGCUUCUGAAGCACCGACCUGAUUCUUUGCCUACACUACCCGGCAGCAACUCAACAGAUCGCUACUACGCUACUGCCAACCUCAAUCAAUUUGAGCUAUGGGUAGCGCAGUACAUCGACCAGUGGGUAGCCAUGGAAGCCCAAGAGGAUGCCUGCCAAAGUUUGAGUGGGCUCAUGAUGCGCUAUCAUGCUCUGGCCAGUGCUCAUUAUUCGGGAAACCCUGAGAUGCAGUCAGUCAUGAUACUGACCAUUUACGAAAUCUGGGUGGCUUGCGACAAAGUCGCCGUUCGCACUGGUCCUCUUUUGGCUCGAUUCGAGCCCGGAAUCCCAGCUGCUGUGCUCCAGAAUCUGCUUUUGCCUUCGAUAGAUCAGAUGAAGAGGCUGUCCAGGGUGGAAGCGUACCUGGAAGACCGGUCGUCGAGAAGUACAAAUCCAACAAAUCGCUUGUUCGAUAUGGGCCUUCAUGGCUUUGCUAACCAGUUCUUCGCCCAGUCUAAAAAGCAUCAGAGACUCAAGGCCAAAAUCGAGGCUCGUGCGACUAGUAAACGCCAGAGAAAGCACGCAGAGUUCGAUGAUACCAUUGCUGAUUAUCGUCGGCUUGAUUCUCUGGCUGGUGACGCUGAUCAUCAGUACACGACCCGGGUGAUUGACAACUGGUGCAAUCCACCAGAGACCGAGCAGGUGCACUUGGAGUGGUCCUGUCCGAAGUGCGGUCAUGAGAGAGCACGAGACGCGCUCACUAUCAAAGUGCACGAGUGGCCACUUCCAAGCGAUGUUCCCCAUGCACAAGCUGUGGUCUUCGAGCUUCGGGUGCCUUCCUGGUUCGCGAUCUGGCGUGAUCUUAGAUCAUUCUUCCUGCAGAAUGUGCUCAAGGGCUGGCGCGAACCCCUGUAUCCAAAAACAGCGUACCUUUUGUCCAUGAACGACCCUCACCUCACGAAACGCUUCCAAGGCUUGCCAGGUCAGAGUAUAAGCCUUCUGUCGCACAUCAAGCCUUGCCUGAAGACUCACUACAGCGACAAAUCUAUCGCGACUUUGAACAAGUCUGACAUAUGUGUGGCCAACGGCAUGCAGUACGGCUACUACGAUGUAACCAGUCGCACGGAAAUGGGGCCACUCGCAUUCCCCGAUACUGUUGCUUUAUCGUGCACAUACACACCGCGCACAGCCCUUCAAAGCUUCGUCUUUCGACCAGCUUCUGCUCCCGAUGGACCAGGACCAAACACUGCUAUUGCAAGCCAAAACGCAUGUCCGAUCGACAUGGCCUUGGAGGAAUACAAAGAACUUGCGACGAUUCCGCUCGGCCACCACAUUCAGCUGGCCAAUAUCCUUCUUCAGCUUUCAAUGCCAGGAGUGGACUUCAAGAAGCUUGACACCACACUCGUCUUGCUGCAGUGUCUACACCAAGCUGGCCCAAAGGCAACACACGUGCUCCGUGAAGCUCAUGAAUUCUUCAGCAGUCCCGAGAAUACCACAUCGCUCCUGAUCAAUCUCACAAUAGCGCUGCAGAGGGUACAGAAGAAUUGGGAAUCGGCGCAGGCAGUUCGGACUUUCAUCGCAAUUGCGGUACGUGCACUGUCUCUCACCUCGUCCGCGACUGUGCGUGAUGCGUGUCUCGUUUUCCUGAAGCGUGCCCGUCACGUAGCUCUUGGCUGGGUUCUCGGUCUGCGUGAAAAAGCAUUCACGGCCAAGGAUCAUGACGACCGCACUACCUUCAUCUCGAAGAGCGUCGAGAUUGCAUUGAUCUGCGUUUCCACCUUCGACGUAGACAACCAUUACCUUGCCGGCAUUCUUUCACAGGAUGCUUCCAUCCUGUUUCAAAGCUCUAUCUUCAUUCAGGAAAGCGAGCAUGUUCAGGCUGGUACAUGUGAGAAUCAAUGUCUUGCUGUGCUGGAAGCGAAUGCGAAGCGUCUGCUUCACCGCAUCCACCAGCGAUUGAUGCAGAACUGUCUGCAAGCCCAUCUAGAUGACGCCAUUCACAAAUCAUGGUCCAGCUAUGUGCCCGGAGCCACUGGCUGGAAGACUGUAUCUGAAUCUGCUGAUCACUGGCUAACCACAACCACUGCAGGAGCUGAGGAUUCGGGGGGGCUGCGUGUGCACUACAAUCUGCUCAGUGGAGAGCUGCUCGUCAACGGCUUGCCAUUGGAUCAGCCACCAAAGCUCUACCGCGAGGAUCCCCUAUACGCUGGACUCUUUGGUAGCGACAUCGUAGAGGUCAUGCCGUGCAGUCAUCCUGGCUUCCCAUUCUCCACCAAGCGUACUUUUGGUGAUGAUCAGAAGAUCCAGCUUGGCAUCACCUCUGAGUACUUCACAGUCAGAGCCACCAGAGACAGCAACGCAGUGGAGACAGUUCCAUCCCACCUCAUCCAAGGAUUUCCAACUCAUUUUCAACGCGAUUAUGUUCACUGGCUAGAUGCCUCAAACAACACAGUGCAGUUCCGGCCCGCAGGUGACCCAUGGAAUCCAUCAUCGCCUGCCAUGUGGACGCUAAGCAAGCAUGGAAAGAGAUGGCAGCUUGCCAAAGACGGGUGCCAUGUUGCUGGCGUAGAGUCUUCAACAUCUCGCCGCGUGUGCCACAUACUUCGCCCACUGGCAUCGGAUCCCGCCAACAUUCACCAGAUCGUACACGCCGAGCGGCACGCAACUAUGCUUCGAAUUGAUAUCCCCUCCAUCCGUGUGGGGUUCUCUGUUACCCAAGGCACGUCUGUCAUGAUGUCUCGAGAAGAGGGUUCCAUGUCUGUUGACUCUGACCAGUCUCUAGGGGCAAUGGUUGGCCUCGAGAGUAAGCUGGUGCUGCGACCUGCCCAGUGUCUGAGCCCGCAGACUUCCAACCGCAAGGUCCUCAUCCCGGAGUCGAUGGAUGUCGAGCACAGUCAAAUCGAUGGCCAUGCCAAGGUCGCAGUUUCCAAGACAUCACUCAUCUCGACAGUACAUAUCUUGGAGGUCGAUGCGCUACUGGGCCGUCUUGUGGCGAAGGGUAAUGAUGUUGGUUGUGCAUUGUAUGUGGCAUAUCUUCAUGCCAUUACCUCUUUCUGCCUGAGAGAUCCGCUCACACAGAUGACCGGUACCGAGCAAGCUCUUGUGAUGCUUCGCGGCGCUGGCGUACACUCCUUCGAUCGCCUUACACAGGCGCAAGUUGACACACUCCACAAGAUAGGCAGACUGAGCCCUCACCGCAGCUUUUACCCGCGAGAAAAACGCGUCAUGCAGACGGUACGCUGGGACAAUCAACUCAGUUUCUUGUCCCAACAUGGUCAUUUUAUGCCCAUCGUGCAGGCCCUGUUAGAGAAGGCCGAAGCUACGAAAGUCUUCUAUCCCGGCGACAAGACUCAGCUACGCCUGGCGUCGUUUGCCUGCAUGGAUCAGCGGUACUUACUUGAGCGCGAUAACAUCCGAGCAGCCACUUUCAGAGUCUCGAGCUACGGAGCAGAGGACCACAAUUCAGAGUCCGAUUCAACAUAUACGUCCAGGGACCGCGAUGUGCUCUCCAAGCGAGCCACAAAAGCCGCCACAAUGUCCACGUUCAUGUCGCGAGGUGGAGACGAUUUAUCUGAGUCGCCAUUGGGCUCUGGUGAGCUCUGGAAGCAAUGCUCGAAGGUUUAUCAUAUGCACGGGGCCAACCUGCCAGUCGAGACUAGUUUGAUGAAGUACGGAGCUCACAUACUCGAGGAGACUUAUGACAUGGUCAUGAUGAGAUUGCCAGCUCUCUAUCGCUGGCUGAGUAGUGUCCAGGACCGCCCUUUCAGCGUGGCGCUCUGGUUUUCGACAAUAGCUUCCACCUCCCAAGUGGACGACCGGGUGCUGGAAUUGAUCGGGAUCUUGUUCAAGUCAACAAGCUCGUUUGCACAUCUUCGCGCUCCCGAUAUGAAGUCAUUUUCGCCACAGGCUGGCAAGAUUUGCCUUCCAGAUGUGGUGCGACAGCGCGUCGCAUCGAAUUGCAAGCCUUUUCCAGAGUCUUCUGUCGUCCGCCAGCCGAACGAGAUAUCGCGUACUUGGAACCGCCGGCGAAGGGACGCGAUGCGUGUCUGGCAGCAAAAUCGUGCUAGGGUGGCCGACGAAUUCUCGGCUGCACUUACGCGGCAAUGGCCAUGUGAAGAGCCAUAUGUCCCAAGCAUCGCCCGACAAUCAACGCACAUCCAGGUUGCUGCCGUCAUGAAAUCGAUUAAGGCUAAAUUCCAGUCCUGGCAUGACAACUCGCUCCUCAGUGAAUAUCUGGAAAAGGUUGCGCAGAUCGUGGCCAACUUACGUGUGCGGAAAGUUCAAGCUCAGGGCUCUCGCUCCAGCAUCAGCGUUCCGACAAUCCCUCUCAGUGCUCCAGGGCACGUCUCUGUGCAGGACCUUUUUCUGCGACAACCCCCUUCUCUACCGACAAAAUUUGAAGGCUUCGAAUUUGUGCAGACACGGCCACGCCCUUCAAGUCUUGAAAAACCGAGGCUACUGCAGCUUACGAAAGCUCUUGAGAAAUCGUUAGCCACCUCAAAAUUCGGCAAGAAAUAUUUGGAUGGGCUCGUCGAGAGUCUUCAGGCCAUGCGAGCCCGUGGCGAUCUGGGUAUGCCACCUAAUGUCGCGUACGCCGACAUCUUGGCCUACCACGGUCGCUGCAACGAUCAGUUUCAAGCAGUCCAUCACAUCUUGAUGACAUCCUUAGUCCCGACAACCGACAACGCGUCUCGGUCUUGCAUGCCGAGAGUGUCGGCCACAUUUCUGCUUCGACAGCUAGCUCACGAUCGAUGGAACACGCUGAGCGAAGAAUGGAAAACAUGCAUUGUUGAGUACGGCCUUGCUCUGACAGAUCUACAGCGAGCGAAGCGACUUCUCAAGCUGAUGCAAGCCGAGACCCCAAGCAUGGAGGACGUGGCCGUCGAACUACGCAACCCGGGUCACCGUAAUUGGAAACCAAUGCUCCAUCCAGAGUCUCUGCUCAUAGAGGUCGAUGGAAACAUAAUGAUACGAGACGUCCAGGAGCAGAUUGCAGCACAGAUGCGCGAUCCACCGAAUGGGGAGAACGCAGUCAUGCAACUCAACAUGGGCGAGGGCAAGUCUAGCGUCAUCGUACCCAUCACUGCAGCUGCCCUGGCAGCGCAGUCAUCACGCCUCAAUGGCAAUACCGAGCAGCGACUAGUACGAGUCGUCGUGGCCAAGCCACAGUCCAAGCAGAUGGCACAGAUGCUGAUUUCUAAGCUCGGCGGUCUCCUGAACCGGCGAGUGUACUAUUUGCCUUUCUCGCGAUCUCUGAAGCUCGACUCAGCAGACAUCGCCACUAUCUGCAACAUGAUAAUGGACUGUAAGAACAAUGGCGGCAUUCUUUUGGUACAGCCAGAGCAUCUCCUCUCUUUCCAGCUCAUGGGCCUGGAAAGUUGGGUCAACGGCCACGAAGACGUAGGUCGUCAACUUCUUUCCACGCAAACUCGACAGCUACUUGAUUCAGCUCGUGAUAUUGUUGAUGAGAGCGACGAGAACUUCAGUGUGCGUUUCGAGCUGAUCUACACUAUGGGCACGCAAAGCACAGUCGAGUUGAGCCCCGAUCGCUGGCUUGUGCCGCAGCAACUACUGGACAUCAUAAGACGCCUUGCCCCGUCCAUUUCCGAAGAGCUGCCAGGAUCGCUGGAAUGCCACACAGAUGCGGUUAUGGGGAGCUUUCCACGCAUCCGGAUACUGAGAUCGGACGCCGAACAGCUCCUUCUCCAGCGCUUAGCAGAGGAUGUUUGCAGCAAUGGUCUGCACGGGCUCCAGGUCUCGCGACAGCCCGAAGCCACUCGCCGAGCAAUCUACGUAUACAUCACCAAGUUGGAGCUCAGCGUUACGGAAAUCAAUGCAGUAGAGAGCUCUACGUUCUGGACCGAGGCCACGAAGUCGCCGCUGCUGUUGCUUCGAGGAUUGAUCGCUGGCGGAGUCAUAGCCUUCACCUUCGGCUCUAAGCGUUGGCGCGUCAACUACGGACUCACAAUAUCACCUCGCACACCGCCCACGAAACUCGCGGUCCCGUAUCGUGCCAAGGACAGCCCUUCUCCCAGAUCCGAUUUCAGUCACCCCGACGUGGUCAUCAUACUCACCCUGCUUUCCUACUAUUAUGAGGGACUCACUGACGAUGAUCUCUUUAUUGCAAUGGGACACGUCGUUAAGUCUGAUCAGUCGGAUGCUGAGUACCAAGCUUGGGUCAAGGAUGCCAAUGCUCUGCCAGUAACAUUUCAGAAUCUCCAAGGAAUCAACAUGAAAGAUGGUCCGCAAUGCGUCGAGGAGGUGUUUCCUGCAUUACGACUUGCGAAGAGCGCCAUCGACUACUUCCUCGCGCACAUUGUGUUCCCCAAGGAAAUGAAAGAGUUUCCUGACAAGCUGUCGGCAUCUGGCUGGGACUUGGGCAAAUCGAAGAAGCUGUCGGGGGGAGCUGUCACAGGGUUUUCUGGCACCAACGACUCUCGAUGCUUGUUGCCGAUUGACGUCCAUCAUCUUGAUCUGGACGAACAGAAGCACACAAAUGCACUGGUCCUGGAGUAUAUCCUGCAGCCAGCAAACGGAGUGGUGCUUAUGCUUUCAAGAGAUGACGAGCAAGCUUCAGACGCUGAGCGCCUACUGGCUACUGUCAUGAGCCUUGAUCCCCCAGUCCAAGUUAUUCUCGACGUCGGUGCGCAGAUACUCGAGCUGAACAACCUGCAGGUAGCACGAACUUGGCUUAGCAAGCAUGACGGGACGAAGGAGGCUGCAGUUUUCAUCGAUGAUGCCGAUAAUCUGUGCGUCUUAGACCGCGGGGGCACAGUGGAACUGCUGAGAACGUCCUCGUUCUCCAAUCGACUUGCUUCCUGCCUCAUCUUUCUUGAUGAGGCGCAUACUCGUGGUAUCGAUCUUCAGCUACCUAGAGACUACCGAGCAGUAGUGACACUUGGCGCCGAACUCACUAAAGACAGGCUGGUCCAGGCCUGUAUGCGGAUGCGCAAACUUGGCCAAGGGCAGACAGUGGUCUUCUGCAUCUCACCAGAGAUCCAGGCCAAAAUCCUGACCGGUAAGGCUAUCACAUCCCACAGUCGUCGACGCCAGUCAUCGGAGAUCACGGUGGCCGAUGUGCUACAGUGGUCAAUACUAGAAACUUACAAGGACAUCCGUCGCAGCAUGCCACUCUGGGCAGUGCAAGGCGAACGCUUCGUGCUUCACGAGGACUUGUGGAACAAGAGCGAAGCGCAGAUGAACCAGGCUCGUGCCGAGCAAUUCCAAGAGAAGGAAGCUCAAUCCCUUGACGAACGCUACCGCCCACGCUUAACACAGAGCCAGCCAUAUCACCUCAGGAACAGCGGAAAUGCGCGGCUUCGGCAGAUUUCUGACAGGUGCGAGGAGUUUGACGAUCUCCAGUUCAACGCCAGCACCUUACAAGAAGAGCAAGAACGUGAAUUGUCCCCAGAGAUUGAGAGCGAGCGCCAAGUACAGAGAGCACCAGAUGCUGAGCCUGCAACGCAUAUCUUGCACGCCGAUGUCCGAAGAUUUGCACUCUCAGGAGUCUACUUACUCAGCUCGACGGCUUACAUGCCUGCCUUUGAGGCCUUGCGCGACUCGUAUGCCGCCAAAUACUUUCCGAUUGCGCAGUUGAGCAAUUCCAAGCUAUUGGUAACCAAGGACUUUGCCGAGACUAUCAAGCGGAUUGGCCGUGGUUCCUACGUUUCGGACCCUUUCCAGAGAGCAGUUCAGUGGAUCCUCUCGAGCCGCGCUUUUGGCAAUAACUCCAUCGACCGCAUGCUCAUCAUCAGCCCGUUCGAAGCGAAUGAGCUCUACAGCAAGAUGCAGAACGCCACUGCAACGACCCUGCACAUGUACAAACCUCGCGUCAAUUCAAGCUACUCGUCUCUGGAUCACCUUCAGUUUCACACUGUGCCUGCGCAGAACUGCCCUUCCGUCCCACGCGCCCUUGCGAUACAGCUGGAUCUCUUCGCAGGCCAGCUGUUCAUCAGCUCGUACGAGGACUACCUGGAGAUUUGUCGUUUCCUUGGGCUUUCUACCAAAGCGGUCACGCAAGCUAUGACACAGCAGGGCUGGCAGCAAGAUGCUGUCGGCUUCAUUCUCCGCGAUGAUCAAGGUCAGGUAGGAGGCCCAUCAGGGCUGGAGAAGAGCCCCGUGAACUUUUUCAAGAUUCUGACGUCGACAAUCAGAAAGAAUGGCGAGAGUAUCGGCAAGACUGACAUGGGUGCGCUGUUGGAGGGUAAGUUGUUUACGGAGACGGAUUUCUAG